AUGAGUACUUUUAAUGGAGAAUCUGAUAUAAAAGAUUCAAGCAUAAGGGAAAGGAUAGAUCGGUCACCCGAGAGUUCGAGACUGUCACCCGAUACUCCAGCUAUUGGUGGCGAGGAAAAUAAAAUCCAACCUGUGAUUAAUAAUAGAAUAACACAUCACAAAACUGAAGAAAUUGAAACAAAACCUGAUACAAAGGUAGUAGAAAAUGAACCAAAAUCAAUAGACGACGCUAAGAAACAUGAAUUAAAAGACGAACCCAUGGAAUUUGAAGUCAAAUCGGAAAGACCUAAUCUAACUAUAGAUGAAUUUAAAGAUAAAUCACAAAUUGCUGAACCUGUGGAUGAGGUUCCCGAUGGACAAUAUUGUUCUAACUGUGGUACCAACAAAACACCACUUUGGCGUAGAGCACCCAAUGGGACAUUAAUCUGUAAUGCUUGUGGAUUAUAUCUUCGUUCAAACAAUGUUCAUAGACCUGUAAAUUUAAAGAAAGUACCGACUUUAAUCACCAACCAUGAAAAAUUAGGAAGUUGUAGUGGAGACGGAAGAUGUAAUGGAACAGGAGGUUCUGCUGCUUGUAAAGGGUGUCCAGCAUUUAACAAUAGAUUAUCAACCAAAAAACGUGAUAAGGAGGAAGAAGAAGAAGAAAAACCUGAAGUUAGUAAAGUGGACGGGGAAUUAACUAUAGCAUGUUUUAAUUGUAGUACAACUAUAACACCUUUAUGGAGAAGAGAUGAUUCAGGGAAUACCAUCUGUAAUGCUUGUGGAUUAUAUUAUAAGUUACAUGGAGAACACAGACCAAUAAAAUUAAAGAAGAGUACCAUCAAAAGGAGGAAAAGAAAUAUCGAAGAUAAGAAAGCUUCAUUCCAAGUUUCUAAUUCCAAAAGUCCCCAACCACCUCCAACCUUUCAAAUUAAUUCUCCAAAUUCCAAACCACAAGAACAACCAAGAUUACCUAACCAAACUAAUUCAAUACCGAAUCCCGUUCAAGGUCAAAUGCAGGGCCAAUACCCUCAAUAUUAUCAACCACCUCAAGGAUAUUACUACGGUUUGACCCCUCACCAUUUCCCUCCAUACAAUUCUAAUGGUAGAUUACCUAAUGGACCUGGGCCUUUACCUGGACCAUUACCAAUGCCAGGUACUUCCCCUCAGAGAAUGUUAUCACCAUAUCAACCUAUGAGUAAUGGGAAUAGUCCUCAAUUCAAUCAACCUGAAAAGAUCAAAUUGCCUGGUAUUCAAACUUUAACAUCACCUUCACCUCAACCUUUAUCACAACCAACCAUAACCUCACCCCCAUCAAACACAAAUGUAAAUAAAGAUGAAAAUCAGGUAUCUAAUGGAAGUAACGAUAAAAAGGAUAAAAUAAUGGCGGUUGACUUCACCAAUAGUUUCAAGAAUAAAAUUUCUAUUGGUGGUUUACUCAACCAAUAA